AACCACCAGUAGUGGUGGUGAUAUGUCAUCAGUGAUGACCACCGCAACCACCGCUGGAGCCGAUGAUCCUCGACAGUGGAACUGCGAUGAUCUGGACUAUUGUGCCGAUCGUCUAGGAUUUGAUGCCAUCCAAUGGCUUCAUCAUAAACUAGAUGACGAUCAUAGCGGUUAUGUAGAUAUUACCGAAAGCGAUGAUUUUCUGAGAGAUGAGCUCAACUAUCAGGAUGUUAACGAACGGCAAAAAGCAUUUCACGGCAACGAUAAACAUAUUACCGUCGAUGAACUGUGGAAAGCGUGGCGACUGUCGGAUGUUAGGAACUGGACAGUGGAUCAGACAGUCGACUGGUUGUGCGAUGUGGUCGAACUGCCCCAGUAUGCCACACAGUUUUAUAGUAGCGCUGUCGAUGGACUAGCACUUCCCAGACUAGCGGCCAACACACAGUACAUAACCAUAUUGGGCAUAACUAAUCCCAUACAUAAGCAAAAGUUGGCCCUCAAGGCCAUGGAUGUCGUACUGUUUGGUUCACCCAGACAUCAUUCGCUAGUCAAAGACAUACUGGUUGUACUGUCGUUGAUGAUAGCCGUCGGCGGUGUCUGGAUGGCCUUAGCCCAGUAUAAGUGGUCGCAGCAAAAUCUGAAGAAAAUGAUGGCCGACAUGGAUUCCCUUCAGCGAGCCGAAGAACAGUUGUCGGGUAUGCAAAAAGAGUUGGACCGGACCCGCCAGGAACAGCAGCUGGUAUUCAAUGAGAAGAUUAGUCUGGAAAAGCGGCUCCGGGAGAAUGAAUCCCAAAUGGAAAGGUCGGCAUCGUAUAACCAACUGUCCGACGUUUGUCGUAUUGCCGAACUGGAGGACGAACUUAGCCGAUGUCGCGAAGAACUUCGCCGUUUGCUUAGUAUGUCGUCAUCGUCGGCGGCCGGCAAGUGGACAUCAUCCUCAUCAUCGACGGGACCGCCGGCUGGCCUACAGCUAUGGCUACAGUUGACACACGAACUAGAGAUCCGAUCGUUUAAUAGCAAACGAUUGUCCGCUGAAUUGCAAUUGUUUGCCGCCAAAGAAGGGUGCGAAAAAUUGCGCAAAAAACGGUCAACCCUGUUGGGUGCGUUUCGUGUAGCCCAUGGUAACUCUAUCGAUGAAAUCGACAAUCGGAUACUGGAGGCCAAGACUGCGCUCAAGGAGGUAACCAAAGAGCUGAAGGAACGGCUGAAACGAUGGCAUCAGAUUGAAAGGUUGUGCGGCUUUUCCAUUGUCAACAACGCCGGCCAAGCAUUUCUCGAGCAUACACUGUACGGAUCGCCGGUUAGCAGUCCGACCGGAUCGGUGGCCACACUGUCGUCGUCGACAACAACAGCAACGACACCGUUGGGACGGACAUCCAGUGAGACAACUAUUGUCGAUACCGAUUCGUUGCUGUCUAUUCCAGCGGCCACCGCCUCCGCAGCCGCCGCCGAUACCAGUUAUGCCAUUUCCCGGUCGGUGUCGACAUCGAUGAGAUCAAAGACGACGCCAACAACAGAUGAUAUUAGCGGAAGAGGCGGAGAUGAUUCAGAUGACGUGAUCCAGUCAUUAAAAAUCAGUGAUAAUAAAAGAUCUAUGAGACUAAUGGUUAAGAGCUAUAGUGAAGACGCGUCGUCGUUGUCGUCGACAUUAUAUGAAAAUAAUACCAAUUGUUUUCAUAAUAAUAAUAAUACUAAUAAUAAUGGGUUGUCAAUGAAGACACCGACGACGAGUAAUAGUAGCACUAGUAGUGGUAGUAGUAGUAGUAGUCGUCCGACAAUCUGUCACUCAGAGUCUUGUAAUCAAUUGAAACAACUCGUCGAUGAACAACAAGAAGAUGACGACGACUUUGAUAUCAAAGAAGUGAUAACUAGGAGAAGGACGAUAACAUCGUCGACAAUAAAUCCCGAGGAGGAGGAGGAAGAAGAUGGAGAAGAAGUGGACAAUAAUCCGAAUAAUAGUUAUAUUAAUAAAAUUAAUGGCAAAACAAAACAUAAUAAUAUCAGUUACGAUGAAGAAUUGGAUACCAUUUCUACAACUGAUUCCAGUUCUGUAAGCGAUUUGUUAGCUAAAGGUGUCGUCAAUAUGUCGUCGUCGUUGUCGUCGUCGACGAUGACAUCGUCUGAUCAUAAAAAGAGACACCACUUCUUUGGUCUUCGCAAACGAAAAUCGACAAAACAUUCAUGA